AUGUUUGAAAUUUGGAUUACUGCACUCUUGUUCCUUGGCACAGCAACAGGAAAUGAAGUUUGUUAUGAAAGGUUGGGGUGCUUUAGAGAUGGCUUACCAUGGACUGGGACUCUAUCAAGACAGUUUGCAGGUUUACCCUGGUCUCCAGAGAAGAUAAACACCCGAUUUCUGCUCUACACGAGACAGAACCCCACAGUCUAUCAGGAGCUCAGUGCAGUUAAUUAUUUAACUAUCCAAGCCUCAAACUUUGGAACAGACAAGAUCACCCGCAUCAACAUACCCGGGUGGAAGGCAGACGGCAAAUGGCAACGUGACAUGUGCAAAGUGUUGCUAGAGGCAGAAGAUGUGAACUGCAUUAAUUUAAACUGGAUCAACGGUUCCUUGGAAUAUAUCCAUGCUGUAAACAAUCUUCGCGUUGUGGGUGCUGAGGUGGCUUAUUUUAUUGAUGUUCUCGUGGAAAAAUUUGGAUAUUCCCCUUCUAAAGUGCACUUGAUUGGCCACAGCUUGGGAGCACACCUGGCUGGGGAAGCGGGGUCAAGGACCCCGGGCCUUGGGCGGAUCACUGGGCUGGACCCGGCCGGGCCGUAUUUCCACAACACACCGAACGAAGUCCGGCUGGACCCCUCGGACGCCAGCUUUGUGGAUGUCAUCCACACGAAUGGAGUUCGCUUGCUCUUUGACUUUGGUGCCGGGACUAUUAAUGCUUGUGGACACCUGGACUUUUAUCCAAAUGGAGGGAAGCACAUGCCAGGAUGUGAAGACUUAAUCACACCUUUAUUUAAAUUUGAUUUCAAUGUUUAUAAGAAAGCAGUGGUUUCCUUCUUUGAUUGCAACCACGCCCGAAGUCACCGAUUCUAUAUUGAAAGCAUUCUCAAUCCCGAUGCCUUUAUUGCUUACCCUUGUAGAUCCUACGAAUCUUUUAAAGCAGGAACUUGCUUCCAUUGUCCCAAAGAAGGUUGCCCGACGAUGGGUCAUUUUGCUGAUAGAUUUCAGUUCAAAAAUAUGAAACCUAAUAGAUCAUAUUAUUUUUUAAACACAGGGACUCUUUCCCCAUUUGCCCGUUGGAGACAUAAGCUGUCUGUCAAACUCAGGGGAAACAAUGUCACUGAAGGGAGCUUACUUCUCCUUGUAGGAGGAACAAGUGGAAAAAUGGGAGAGUUAGUGAUCACCAGUGGAACACUUGAGCCUGGAAUGACUUACACAAAAUUAAUUGAUGCAGAUGUUAAUGUCGGAAACGUUACAAGUAUAGUGUUCAGUUGGAAGGAACAUUCCUUUGGACAUUCUCAGAAUAAGUUGGGAGCAGAAACGGUGACAGAUAAAUCUGGAAUAUAUGGGUACAAAUCCACCUUCUGUAGCCAAGAUGUUAUAGGACCUAACACUGCCCAAAUCCUGAAACCAUGCUAACGCCAGAUACUGCCAUGAUGGAUCCACUUAAUGGGAACAGUGAAAAAAUAAUCUCCUUCCAGUCAUUGUCCAAGCCAAACUUGGACCUUGUAAAUGACAUAGCAAAGUAUACUUGUUUUUUUAUGUACGGGAUGUUUGCUCAGUACAAACUUUUUAUGUGCCUUAAAAACAGGCUGAGCCCUGGUGCCGAGUAUAGUGCUGUGAUCUCUAAGAAUCCAGCUAUAACAGACAAAGUUAAUCUGCAUUAGUUGCCCCAGCUGGGAGGUGGUGUGAAAACAAGGCAGUAUAAACUCAUCAGGCGCAAGCGAGUCUGAGGAUGGAGUGAUUGAGUGAAGUUAGAGGAUUCCCAGGUAGAACAGUCAUUGUUCUGAAAUGAUUUAAGGAAUUUUAUUGU